AUGGGGCCCCCGGGCAAUAAGGGAUCAUGGGGCCCCUGUGUCCUUGCCCAACUCAAAAAAGCCUAUGAAAAAGGUACCAGGGGCAUUUCAUGGGGCCCCCUACUGACCCCGGGCCCUCGGGCAGUGCUCGAGUUUCCAAAUGGUCAGUCCGCCCCUGGUGCCAAUACCUCAUCCCUCCCCACAAGCAGGGGCGGACUGACAACUCAUGGGGCCCCCGGGCAAUAGGGGAUCAUGGGGCCCCUGUGUCCUUGCCCAAACUCAAAAAAAACCUAUGAAAAAGGUACCAGAGGCAUCUCAUGGGGCCCCCUACUGACCCCGGGCCCUCGGGCAGUGCCCAAGUUUCCAAAUGGUCAGUCCGCCCCUG